UGAAUUCAAUGAUCUCUCACACAUUGACAGCAAUUCUCUAUUUGAUGGCGACACUACGCCCAAAGGCGCCGCUCCUGCUAAUUCUAGUAAUUAUCCCAAUCCAGCACGAUUAAUCGAUGACGUUGUUCAUACGAUAUGUACUGGGUUCGCUGGCCAGCAGACAGAUCAGACAGUUACUUUGCAAAUACUUAAAGUGCUCCUUACGUUUGUUACUUCAGACACUUGUCAAGUGCAUGGUAUUAGCUUAUUAAAGGUUAUUCAGACUUGCUGCAACAUAUAUUGUUUUACAAGGAAUGCAAUCCUUCAGGCCACAGCGAAGGCAGAAUUGACACAAAUGGCUAAUUUGAUUGUGACUAGAUGCGAGGAGUAUGCUGUACAAUUAGAAAAUUAUGAAACAUCAAAGAAGGCUGUGAAGAAUAACAAUGAACAAAAUGAGGAAGAAAAUUCGAAAAAAAGGAAUUCAGUUGAGGUUGAGAAUGCGACAGGUAAACAAGAAACACCACAGGCAUAUGUAGUUGCUGAAAGUAAUUCAAAGCCUGUAGAAUCUGAUAAAAGUGAAGAUUUAAUCAAUCAUAAGAAAAACGGUUCAAAUGAUAGUGCUGUUGAAUGGGCAGAUGCAACAGAGUCCCCAACAGGGGAUGUGGUAGACUCCGUCGUCAUUGAGAAGAGAGUAGCAAUUGAAGCUGACGAAGCACCUGAACCAGAACAA